UGCAUUAGACAAGUUUGCGUCAAUGUCUUUGAAACUUCUUCAUUUCUCAGUACUUCAGAACUUGAAAGAGUUUCUCUUUGGCUUGUAAUGAACCACCCACAAAACACAUGACUGAGUCCACUCAGUACCAACUCGGGAUACUCGUUAAUAUGCUUAGUCAAUUGGAUUACUGAAGAAUUAUUUUCUGGAAAGAUGUGUAAUGAGAUACAAUCAUGGACUUUUAUCGGGCUAGUGGGUGCAUUUCUUGAUCUUUCAAUUGCCUUUCUGCUUCUCUGUGCAUCAACUCUUGCUUAUUUUGUCUCAAAAUUUCUGGGUUUGUUUGGUUUAUGUCUUCCAUGCCCUUGUAAUGGACUUUUUGGUGAUCCUAAUGGUGGUAAAUGCUGGCAAAGAGUGAUGGUAGAUUGUCCGUCAGAGAAUAUAUCCUCUGUGCAGUUCUCUGUUAGAAGCAAGAUCCCUUUUGAUAAAAUAUGGGACAAAAAGUUGAAACCUGAAUCUGGUGUUAACCUGAAAAAUCUAGAAGAUAAAUUUGCUAGAUUAGAUGAUGAAGCAUCAUGUAGCUUGGUUCAGGAGAGGAGUGGUGUAAUGUGUGCAAGUGGUGUGAACGAAGAGAAAUUUGAUAUCAAGGGGAAGGGGGUUUGGAAUCAGAAGGUGAGACAAGCUCUUAGGCGUCGGAGGAAAGGUGCGAUGGUGAAUGGAAGGUCUUCUUCUGUUGCUUCAUCUGAGACUUUUCAUUCGGAUGCACAAACACUUCCUCAGUCUCCUGCCAGUGUUAUUAAGAUGGUGAAUGGAAGUAAAGAAGAUGGCAGGGACUCUUUAAUGGACUUGGGUUUGCUGGGAAGAGAGUCCCCUGGUUCUGUAUCAAAGGAACCUACAAAAGAUAAGAAACCAACAGAGAAGGAUGGAUUAUAUGCUGAUGAUUUGAAAUUUAAUGUAGAAGGGGAGCUUUCUGAUGGCAAUGAUGAAAAGCAUACAAUUAGAGUCCUCGAACAAGCACUAGAGGAAGAGCAAGCAGCUCAUUCUGCAUUGUACCUUGAGCUUGAUAAAGAGAGGAGUGCUGCUGCUACUGCUGCAGAUGAGGCCAUGGCAAUGAUACUACGUUUACAAGGGGAGAAGGCAUCGAUUGAAAUGGAAGCUAGGCAGUACCAGAGGAUGAUAGAAGAAAAGUCUGCUUAUGAUUUUGAAGAGAUGAACAUUCUCAAAGAGAUCCUACUAAGAAGGGAAAAGGAAAAACACUUCUUGGAGAAGGAAGUUGAAACUUACAGGCAAAUGAUUUUUGGGAGUGAGCAGUUGGAUUCUGAUGCACAAGAUAUAGGAACCUCACGUGGAAGAAGGGCCUCUUCAUUACUAUAUUCAAGUGAGGAUCCAGUGCUGAUGCUGCAGAAGAUUAGUGAAUCUUUUUAUGAGACAGAACAUGUGGAAAAUACAAACAAAUUUUCUGAAUGUGAAGUUACUUCUAUUGUAUCACAAGAUCAUUCUCUUGCCUUUGGGAAAGAGUUACCAAUCCCAGAAUUGGAUGGAGCUGAUUCUUCAAAACAAGGGUGUAUUCCUAGGGAACCAAGUGUUAACAAAUAUCAUUGUCUGUCAGGUGGCAAUGGAGAAAUCAAUGAGAAGUUCGAAGAGAUCAGAUCAUUAUCAUGGGAAAGAAGUUCAUUUUCUCAGGAAACAGAUAUGCAGAGUUUAGAGAUGCAUACAGAAAUUAACUUGCCUACCGCAGAAGGGUAUACUUCGAGCGAGAGAUUUAACACCAGUGUUGGGGAAAUAAAGCAACAAGGUGAUGUCAUCAGUACAAGCCAAGGGUCACCAAAUUCAAUCCAGCCUUGCGAUGUAACCAAGAAUAUUUUUCCAUAUGGAUGUGAUGAUUCAAAGAAGUAUGACAAAGAUUCAAGCAAUGGACUGUCCGACACGGGUCCAUGUGUGCAUGAUGUUCAUGUGAUUGAUGAUAAAUUAAAUUUGUGUGAUGAAGUCAGAGGAAAUGGAAGGGAAACAUUAUCAGAAAUUGUUUCCUUAGACUUCCCAAAAUCAUGCAAUAGUCCAGUAAUGAACAGAAGGCAAACUGAGCAGCACAUCAGCAGAAGCUGCUCAGAAAUAACUAGUGGAUUGCCACCCAGAGGUUUCUUGCAAAGAAAACCCUUGGUUUCUGAUCUCCGGAGAAAUUCCAUGUCUGCGGUUGACUAUGAGAGGUUUAAAAUUGACAACGAAGUUGGGUGGCUAAGAGAAAGGCUAAGGAUCAUACAAGAGGGUAGAGAAAAGCUCAAUAUCUCUUUGGAGCAUCGGGAAAAAGAGAAUGUUCAGUUGCUACUUUUGGAGAAUAUUGUGAGCCAGCUUCAAGAGAUUCGUCAAUUAACAGAACCUGGAAAUGCUGUUCGCCAGGUCUCACUGCCUCCUCCAUCCUGUAAGAUUAUGUCAAAGAAAAGGCGCUGGCGAAGUGUUUCUUUAGAAGUUCAUAGAAGCACUUAAGUAAUGAUCAUGGAGUUAGUUUGGAACUUUAUGGAGAAGGAAGCUGUGUUAAAAUAAGGGAGUUGCUAGAGGAAUUAUAAGGCAGAUCUACCAACUUCUCUGUGCUUCUUACAUCUACAAGCAGAAAGCUAAACCAGUGAUGUUGGAUCUUGUUCAAAGCUGCUGGCAGGAUUAUACGCAAGCAUUGGAGUAGGGCAAGUGCAUUUUCUUGUAAAAUUUGCAGCUUUAUUAACUAUGAGCCUUGUUGGUUCCACUUGAGAAGUCGUACCUAUUUGGGAACUGUUCAAGGAAGUACCACCUGAGAAGAAAAUUUCUGCCAUGAAAUGUUUCUUUUGAGAAGGUAAAUUUCUGUUACAAACUGUUUCUUGGAUUACAUUUGAAAUAAAGAUGAAUAAGUUGACAUUCUUUUCUUUUGAAUACUGGAGACUAGUUGAGUCUGGUAUGGAAACGUUAUUUCCUCAGAUUAUGUAAAUUUGAGUUGUUAUAGUAGUUCUGUUUUAUAA